AUGGCGGUAAAUCACGGUUCAAAGAAAUGUCCUGAUAAUCUUCCUCAUUCAAUUUUUCGCAUUCUUUUUUCUAACCGAGUAAAAGUUGAUUUUUGUCGUUGUUAUUUUUUAUUAAAACUCCCAUCGAAAUUUAAUGAUAGUAAAUAUCAUUCGUUAAAUGAUUAUAAUCCAAAAAAUCCUAUAAAACCACAUCGAUUUUAUCAUCUUUUAUCAUAUAAGAAACCUGUUAAUUAUUUAAAUUCCUCAAAAAAUUUAUUGUUCAAUAAACGGUUUCAUGUUCGUACCGGAUAUAAUAUAUCAAAAGAAGAUUAUCAAAUUUUAAUAGGAAAAAAUUUAAUUAUAAAAGCUAAACCAAUUGAAAAAGAAAAGAAAGAGGAUUAUAAUAGUUUAUUUCUUUUAUUUUCAGCUGCAGAAGUUCUUGGAUUGUUUGAACGGGAUUUUAAAAAUAAAAAAAUUUAUAUUAAAAGUGAUAAUUUUCGUGGUGAAAUAAAUUAUAAUAAUAUUAAAAAACUUCAAGAAUUAGUUAAUAUUCAGACAAUCAGAGAAGGACCAUAUAUUGAGGAAUUAAUUAAGAACUCUUGGCAAUUGGAUAAAAGUUUUAAUCCUC